GUAGCAAUCGGCGACACAUUCCCCUGCACGAUUUUUCCACGGUUAGUGGCGGCGCACGUUGUGCGCGACCGUGACACAGAAUCACGACCCCUGCAAGCUACUUCGCCUUUCAUCCUCUUCCCCCGCUUCAAAUCCCCCUUUGUUCUUCUUCCUAGCUCGUAAACUCCACCAAAAGAUUAAUCUAGUCAAUCCUGAGGACGCUUGUUUUACCGCGCUUUUACGGUUUCUUUCGCGCGGGGCGACGUGGAAAGCUCACCGGCGUGAUGAUGAUGCCCACCCUGUUUAUCCCUAGUUUAAUCUUAAUCUAUUGGUGUCACUUCUGUCGAUUCAAUUAUUGAAUUCUGCUUGCUGUUGCUGGUACUGCUCUGCUGUGCUGGACUGCUGGGUGCUGCUGGCCUCUUCCAGCCCAGCUCACGUCUCGCGUACGGCAGACGCCACUGCCUUUCCCCUCCCGGAAGGAGACGCGCCGUUGCUUCGCCGCCGUGCGCGCGCCCGCAGUGCGCACCGGCCGAUUCGGCCCGGGCGGCGGUGGAUUGCGAGGUUAGGGCCCGGAUCCCGCCGGGUACGUACAUACAUCUACAUGCCUCCAUGGAUCAGUUGGCCGACUCUUCUUCGACGGAGUCGCGCCGGUCGGUGAAGCGGCGGCCACCCGCGCGAUCGCCGGAGCUGUCGCCGAAGGCUUCGGGAGUGGAGGCGCCGGGGGAGCUGAUCCGGCGGGUGGCGGAGCUGGAGGCGACGGCGGCGCGGCUGCGGGGGGAGAAGGAGGCGGCCGAGGAGUCGGCGCGGGCGCUGCAGGGGGAGCUGGAGGCGGAGCGGGCCUCGGCGGACACGGCCACCAGCGAGGCCAUGCUCAUGAUCGAGCGGCUGCAGCGGGAGAAGGCCGCCGCGCAGAUGGAGGCCCGCCAGUUCCGCCGCUACGCCGAGGGCCGCGCCGACCGCGAGCGCGAGGUCCAGGACGAGCUCGCCUCGCUCUCCGACCUCGCCGCCUCCUACCACUCCCGCCUACAGUCCCACGGGAUCGACCCCGACUCCUUCUCCGACGAAGAGGAGGAGCUGUAUGAGGAAGAGCGCGAACGGGCGCAGCGGAUCGAUAUGACCGAGGCAGAGGGGAACGGCACUGAAUUUGGCAGUGGCAUGGAGGUGAAAGCCAUGGUCGAAGAGGAGGAGGAAGAGCAAUCUACCCCUGUAGAGAAAGAGUUCGAGUACACAGUGGAUGUUAAGUGUGCGAGCCCGAUGGCGGCCGUGGCGGUGGUCGGGGAAUACGUGGGAAGUGUAGCUGGCAAUGCAGGGGGUUUAUAUGCUAGGGUGGAGGCGCUGGAGGCGGACAGAGCAGACAUGCGUAGGGAGAUUGUGGCGCUGCGAGCGGAGAGAGCACAGUUGGUGAUGGCAAGGGAGAUGGCACGGCGGCUGUGCUGGGAAAUGGUUUCUGAGCAGAAAAGCAUUGUGAAGAAGGCAACUGCCCCAGCUAGGAGCUUCUCGGCGUUAGGAAUUUGCAAGUGGUUGCUCUCAGUAAUCUUCUGGAGACGAAGUUCUACUGUCAGGUAUACCUUUGGCUUGUCCACUACGUUCCUUGGCCUCCUCCUGCUGCUCGACAGAUCCUCCAUGCUAAGUCCCUGGCGACGUCUGCCUAGGCCACUGCGAUGAUGAAUACGGCCUUCCCACCCCACUGCCAAACGUCUGUAAAUGCAGAACGUUAAAUGAUUGUUUACCACUCUGUUUUGCGUGUGUGUUGCAUUCUUUGAGGAUCUCUUUCUUUUUGUUUGGCUGAGUAUAGUAUUUGAGAUGUAAGUUUUGGUUUUCAAGCUCUGAGCUUGUUGUAUAGCGUGUUAUUCAGACUCUUAGGCUUUGCUUAGCUUGUAAUCUGGAGCCAACUGACAUGCUCUGCACAGUGUACAUAACAGUGAGUUGUGGAAUCUGAUGUUUGAGUGGUUGUUGGUUUGAUGCUGGAGUGCAGGAUUGGAUUCCCUGUCUACUCUGCAAGUAAAUGCUGUGUGUUUUAGAUCGGAGUUGCCGAUUUUACUUUUAGUCUUGAGUUGUACUUGUACACUAUGUAACUCGAGUAUUCUGACUAGGAAUAGUACAGCUUUGAUGGUA